AUGUUUAUCAGUUUAUAUGUUGUAUUUGUAGAAUGUGAGGAGGAAGCAUUUCCAGUAUCACCAUUGGCCAUCUCACAAAGAUUGACUUCAACAUGGUCCGAUGGCUCUGGAACAUUCUCAGUAUGGUCUGCCGUCAUCACCAACAAAGGCGAGGAGAUAAUAUUUGACUGCAAUAUCGUUCCAGACAAGAACUCAUUCGGUCUUCGCCAACAAGAUGACUAUUGGGGCAUUGCCAAGAAAGCCGAUAGAGCCUUUGGUUUCCCAGAGUACAUCAGAAUUUAUGGUAUCUCUCAAGGUGAAAAUCUUAAGUUUGGUUAUAUUAACCGUGGAACUAAUCCAAUGAGAUGGAAUUUCAUGAAUAUCCAAUUCCAAUCACAAUCACAAACACUUAACUAA